UAGCCGAUGCUCGCUGAAACGAAACGUGGCGGCGCCGGCGGGGCCGACGAGAUCGAAGAGGACGGAGUGGAGUAUUACAGGCUCAGGUCGUUCUCCAUAACGGCGAACGGGAUCUACAACCUCGGCGACUCGUUGAAGAGCCGGCGCAGCAAGAGCAUCAACAGCGUCACGUCCUCGGGGACCAGCUGCAGCAGCACCAGGGAAGCUAGGUUAUUGAGCUCGGCGUCACAGCUAUCGGGAAUGGAGGCUGAAGAGGACACGAGCAACGAACGAGUGGCCACUUACAAAGUCGGCAUGCUGGGCGCGUCCGGGGUUGGGAAAACCGCCCUCACGGUUCAGUUCACCACCAGCGACUACAUUUGCGCCUACGACACUUCUCUGGGUCGAAACAUUCUGCUCGACAUACAACCCGGACGUUUACGUGGUAGUUUACUCGGUAGUGGAUAGGCGAAGCUUGAAAAUGGCCGAGGAGACGUUGUUAUAUCUGUGGAAGAGUGAUUACAUGGCUAGCCACGGCGUGAUACUCGUUGGGAACAAAGUUGAUCUCGAGCGAAAACGGGAGGUCCCAUCUGUUGUUGGCCGACGUUUGGCAAACAACUGCGGCUGCAAAUUCAUCGAAACUUCGUCAGGGCUUGCCCACCACGUGGACGAGCUGCUGGUCGGCAUAUUAGCGCAGAUUAAGCUGAAUCCACAACGUGAUCGUGACCAAGCAACCAGACGGAAGAGGAACAAGUAUCGCAGGAGGAUCUUGAAACACCUGUUGGGCUUCAAGAGGAAAACCAAGAGCUGCGAGGACUUGUUCGUUCUCUAACGAUGUUUCUCCCUGGAAACUCGAAACAACCACUUAAAAAAUACCUAAAACGUUCGAUUCGUUUUCUUUUCCUUUUUUGGUUUUUUCUUUUUUCACGCGUACGUGAGAGUCUUUCAGAAAAAUUUCGAGAUCAAGUUUUUGGGGGCACGUAGUCGCCGUCAAAAGAAAUUAAAAAUGUUUCGUGAACGUAAGUUGCGUAAAUUAAUAUAUAUAUAUAUUUUUUU